GCAAGUAGAAUGGGGAAUUUGUCUGUUACAAAUCUGCGAGAAGCGUGGGUUGGGAAACUCUCUCUAUAUAAACCACAAGCCAUCUUAGGAUUGGUAUGUCUCACAUUCCUUCACCAUAACAUCUCUUGAAGUUUGCUUUGUGGACUCUGGUCUCUAACAAUGGCUUCUUCAAGUCAAUGUUUGGCAUUACUCUUUGUUUUGGGAAUUUGGGCUUCUCAGGCCUCGUCCCGUUCUGUUCCUGAGGUAUCCAUGUCUGACAGGUUUGACCAAUGGUUGUCUAGCUAUGGUCGGGUUUAUCAGGACGUAUCCGAGAGGGCGAAACGUUUCCAGAUAUUCAAGGAAAAUGUGGAGUAUAUCGACUCCCACAACGCUGAUAUCAGCAAAAAAUAUGAAAAUGUUACUGCAGUUCCAUCUACCAUGGAUUGGAGAACUAAAGGAGCUGUUACAAACAUCAAGGACCAAGGCCAAUGUGGAUGUUGCUGGGCAUUCUCAGCUGUGGCAGCCAUGGAAGGGAUUACCAAGCUCAAAACUGGUAAAUUGAUCCCAUUAUCAGAGCAAGAGUUAGUUGAUUGUGAUAUCAAUGGGGAAGACCAAGGCUGCAAUGGUGGUCUCAUGGAUGAUGCUUUUGAUUUUAUCAUUUCAAACAAAGGACUUACAGCUGAAUCCAAUUAUCCCUACCAAGGAGUUGAUGGAAGCUGCAACAAGAAAGAAGCAGCCAACCAUGCUGCUAAGAUCACUGGUUAUGAAGACGUACCUUCAAAUAGUGAGUCAACACUGUUAAAAGCUGUGGCCAAUCAACCAGUUUCAGUUGCCAUUGAUGCUGGCGGCUCUGACUUCCAGCACUACAAAAGUGGUGUCUUCACUGGUGAAUGCUCCACCUUCCUGGACCAUGGGGUUACAGCAGUUGGUUAUGGACAAGCUGAUGAUGGAACCAAGUAUUGGUUGGUGAAAAAUUCAUGGGGCACUAGCUGGGGUGAGGAUGGAUACAUUAGAAUGCAGAGAGAUAUUGAUGCCAAAGAAGGUCUUUGCGGUAUUGCAAUGGAAGCCUCUUACCCAACUGCUUGAAGGGUAAACACAUAUAUAAAAUUAUGCUGCUUUAUGCAGUACAAUGACCCUCCUUUCAAUAUGCCCUUAUCAGCUUAUUCAUAGGAAACAAUAUGAAACAAGGCUACAUAUGUAUAGUUCCAAUAUUAUUGUCCUGUACUUGUUACCUAGGCCUUGAAAUCAGAAUGAAAAAUAUUUCACUCGUUAAUUCUGUUGUUUCGUUCACAUCUUUCUACUAUUAUAAAUGAGCAGCAUUCGCUUAGAAUAAGAAC